CAGGCCCCGCCCCGCGCCGCGGCGGCAAGAUGGCGGCGGAGCAGCGGAGCCGGUAACGGCAGCCAUGGAGGCGGAGGGCGGCCCGCUGGGCCCGGGAGAGCGCUGGGCGCCGGUGGGCGCCGUGUCGGCUGCGGCGGAGGAGGAGGAGGAGGAUGAUGAGGAGGAGGAAGCUUCGGGCGGGUCACCGCAGUCGGUGCGGCGGCUGCGGGCGGAGCGGCGGCGGCUCCACGGGGCGCUGCUGGCGCUGGCCUCGCACUUCGCGCAGGUGCAGUUCCGGUUGCGGCAGGUGGCCCGGGCCGGGCCGGCCGAGCAGCGCCGCCUGCUCCGGGACCUGGAGGACUUCGCCUUCCGCGGCUGCCCCGCGCCCCUGGGCCUCGGCGGAGCACCGGGGGAGCGGGAGAAGCAGGAGCAGACGGAGGUGCAGAAGGAGAAGCAGAGGGAGCUGAUACUGCAGCUCAAGACACAGCUGGAUGACCUGGAGACAUUCGCAUACCAAGAGGGCAGCUAUGAUUCUCUGCCACAGUCUGUGGUUAUGGAAAGACAACGGAUGAUUAUAAAUGAGUUGAUAAAGAAGCUGGACAUGGACUUGAGUGAAGAUUUUGCAACGCUCUCUCCAGAGGAAUUGCGACAGCGUGUGGAUGCUGCCAUAGCGCAGAUUGUGAAUCCUGCCAGGGUGAAGGAGCAGCUGGUGGAGCAGCUGAAGACACAGAUAAGGGACCUUGAAAUGUUCAUCAACUUCAUUCAGGAUGAAGUUGGAAGCUCUGGUAAGGCAGAAGAUGGACACUGUGAAUGUGCAGGCAGAAAAGAUGGUGGUGGCUCCCACAAACCAAGUACAUGUCCUCCUGGAAAUAGAGUGAACCCAGAAGAUGCCAGAAAGAUGAGAGAAACAGGCCUGCACCUCAUGCGUCGCAUGCUUGCUGUGCUGCAGAUAUUUGCUGUCAGUCAGUUUGGUUGUGCUACGGGUCAGAUUCCUCGCACCCUCUGGCAGAAGGACCAAGACAAGAAGGACUAUGCCCCCUUAAUCAAGAAACUGGAGCUGUCGGUAGAGCGGGUGAGGCAGCUGGCUAUGAAGUACCAGCAGGAAGACCACGUUAUCAGUUCCUUUGACCUGCAGGACAUUCCCUUAGGAGGCAGGGAUGAGCUGACUCUGGCUGUGCGGAAGGAGCUGACCAUCGCUUUGCGAGACCUGAUGGCUCACGGGCUCUACGCCUCUUCCCAAGGAAUGAGCCUGGUACUGGCACCCAUCGCGUGCUUGAUUCCUGCCUUCAUCUCCUCGCCGCAGACCAUGCACCCCUGGGAGCUCUUUGUGAAGUAUUACAAUGCGAAGAACGGACAGGCCUUUGUGGAAUCCCCAGCUCGCAAACUCUCCCAGUCCUUUGCAUUGCCUGUGACAGGAGGUGUGGCUGUGACCCCCAAACAGAGCCUGCUGACAGCGAUUCACACCGUCCUCACGGAGCAUGACCCCUUCAAGCGAAGCGCGGACUCGGAGCUGAAGGCGCUGGUGUGUAUGGCACUGAACGAGCAGCGCCUGGUCUCCUGGGUAAAUCUCAUCUGCAAAUCUGGAGCUCUGGUACAGGCCCACUACCAGCCAUGGAGCUACAUGGCAGACACAGGCUUUGAGAGCGCGCUCAAUGUUCUCAGUCGCCUGAGCAACUUGAAAUUCAACCUCCCAGUAGACCUGGCUGUCCGGCAGCUGAAGAACAUCAAAGACGCUUUUUGAUGGAUUUUUAUUGUACAUCGUCCCUUUUCCACAAGCAGGGCAGCUGCUGGGCUCAAAGCCUGGCUUUUUUAAGACCCAGUUUGGCUUUUUGAAAUUGAUACUUGCUUUUAGGGAAA